AUGGAGCGCCUGAAGUUAGUCCUGCAGUACUUCCAGUCCAACUCUGAAUCCAUCUCUAAUGGAAUCUGUAUCAUCUUGGCCUUGGUCAGUGUCAAACUCUACACGAGCUUUGACUUUAACUGCCCGUGCCUUCCGCAGUACAACAAACUGUACUCUCUGGGAGUGAUGAUAGUCCCGCCAAUCAUUCUGUUCUUUCUGGGGGUCCUGGUUAACCGGCACACAGGCGUCAUGAUGGAUGAGUGGAUGAGACCCAUUGGGAACAGAUCCAAAAACCCUGCUGUGGUUAAGUACUUGUUCUCAGCCAUGCUCCAAAGGGCCCUGCUGGCCCCAAUGGUGUGGAUCCUGGUCACUUUACUGGAUGGAAAGAUCUUCAUAUGUGCCUUCAGUGUGAGCGUAGACCCUGCGCUCUUCACAGGCCUUCCCAACAAUACAGGUCUGGAUGUGAUCAAAAUCAUGGCCAAAGUGCCCUGCAAGGAGGACAUUAUCUUCACGAACAGCUCUUUCCGCAAAGCAGUCUCUCGUUAUGUUCGCUGCUAUUCACAAGCAGUCGGCUGGUCCAUCCUCCUCUUCCUCAUUGUACUGGGAGCGAUGGGACGCCUCAUCAAGCCCUGUUUCGACGACCAUGCCACCUUCCUGCAGACGCGCUACUGGAGCAACUACCUUGACGUGGAGCAGAAGCUCUUUGACGAAACCUGCGUCCUGCAUGCUCGUGAUUUCGCCCGGAAAUGUGUGGUGCAGUUCUUUGAGGACAUUAGGGAGGACGCCGUGCUCCGUCUACCCCACCCACUAUUCGUGGCAAGCUCCAAAGCGGACUGGGAGGAUGAAGAAGAGAGACUUCAUGGGAUAGCAAAGCAGGAGCAGGUGGACCAGCUGCUCAAUAAGUGGUACUAUAGUAAACCUGAACUGGACGUCACCAGGAUAGCCCACAGACCCAGGCCGUGUGUUACCUGGGAGGACCAUAGUGGGAAGACGUUAUACUCUGAUGUCUAG